AUGUCGGACGCCACCGAAACCAAGCCAACGCCCUCCGCUGACCAAACCGCCUCUGGGGACCUUAGACCUGCUCAACAUGAAACAAAUCUAGUCCAGAACCCUUUGGGAAAUCCCUCUUCAGAAGCUCCCAACGACUCUGCUUCUAUUACUGAGACCGCUACCGCAGCCGCUACCGGCGUUAAGGACUCCGUCUUCUCCAUGUUCGGAGGUGGCGCAAAGAAGGAGAAAAAGGUUGAGGAUGAUGAUGAUGAUGCAAAGGAUGAGCCUAGUGGCAGCAGCAAGGCUAAGAAAGAUGACGACGAUGACAAGGCCGAGGAGGAGGAAGCCGAUGUUGAGUUCGUGCCUGUUGUCCGCCUGACCGAAAAGGUCGACACCAAGACCAACGAGGAGGCUGAGGAGCAAGUCUUCAAGAUGCGCGCUAAGCUAUUCAAGUUCGACCGUGACUCAAGAGAAUGGAAGGAAAGAGGUACUGGUGAUGUUCGACUGCUCAAGCACAAGGAAAAUGGCAAGACGAGAUUGGUCAUGAGACGUGACAAGACUCUUAAAGUCUGUGCCAAUCACUACGUCACUCCGGAUAUGAAGCUCUCCCCGAAUGUGGGCAGCGAUCGCAGCUGGGUAUGGAAUGUUGCAGCAGAUGUUAGCGAGGGUGAACCAGAGGCCCAAACGCUAGCUAUCCGUUUCGGAAACAGUGAGAAUGCCAACCUCUUUAAAGAGGCUUUCAUCAAGGCACAACAGGAGAACGAAGCAUUAUUUAGCAAAGCAUAA